AUUUUAGACAGCUUACCUGAAAACUUUCAAUCAUUAAAUUUUGUUCAAAGAAAUAAGAUACUUUCAUCAUUAUCUCCUGAUGGAAAUUAUAAAACAUUAGCUCCAUUAGUGAAAAAGAAAUUCGGAGCAAUAAAAAAACGAAAAUCCAAUGCAUCACAAUAUUUAUCUAGUAAAAAAACAGGAUCCUCAAGUGCUAAAACCAAAGAAAAUGUUGAUUCGAAAGGAGCAAUUGUGCUUGCACAUAAAUUAGAUCGUAUUAUUGGAUAUGGAUCUUGGGGAGUUGUUCGAGAAUGUCAUUUAGUUAAAGAUCCCCAAAUUAUCAGAGCGGUGAAAAUUAUUAGCACGCUUUAUCCAAGUGUUAAAAGAAGAUUUAAAAGAGAGAUACGGAUUUGGUCAAGGUUAAACCAUAAAAGAAUCUUGCCAUUAUUGUAUGUUCAUGAAACAGAAGAUGCUAUUUUUUGUAUAACACCAAGAAUAUAUGGAGGAACAUUGUACGAUGUUGUAUCACAUUGGGGGCCAUAUGAUACAUAUAAUUCAUCAUUUCCAAUUCGUAAACGACUGAGGAUAAUUCGGUUAUUUUGUUUUGAAAUACUAGAUGGAUUGUCAUAUAUGCAUUAUAAUGGAAUAGUCCAUGGAGAUUUGAAAUUGGAGAAUUGUUUAGUUGAUGAAGUGCAAGAUAAAGAAGAUAAGAGUAAAACCUAUAAUCAUAUUUUAAUAACUGAUUUUGGAAUGAGUGGGUUUUAUUUAAAACCUAAAGUGAAACAAAAUUCGAUUGUCUCUGUUCGAAGUUUUUUCUCUAACAAGAGUUAUUCUGAGAGCAAAUUAUCUAGUCAUUUAAGUUCUAGUAAUCAAAAUAUGAGGAAACGAAGCAAUGAAAAGGCCAAUGGACUGAAUGAGCCAUAUUGUGAUAUAAUAUUGAUGAAUAACUCAAUUAAUAACUUUAUGACACCAAUAAGAUUUUCAGAUAAUAAAUACAAUAAGGAGAUUUCAUCAGGUAACGAGAACCAGGGAAAUCUACCACACAGUCACAUCGGGUCAUUACCAUAUGCUUCACCAGAGAUACUAUCUGAUAAUCCACCGCCAUUGGGACCAAUUGCAGAUAUAUGGGCGUUUGGAGUAUUGCUUUACACGAUGAUUGUAGGCCAGUUGCCAUUCAAUAGCAACUUUGAGCCGAAGCUUCGAGAAAAGAUUAAAAAAGCUGAGAUCGAUGAAAAAAGUUUGAAACAAGCGUGUUUCUAUGACCAAGGAUUGCUCGCCAUUGUAAAAGGGUGCUUAACAAAAGAUAUCACAAAACGAUGGGAUUUAAAUAUGAUAACUGAAAAGCUCAAA